AUGUCAUCGGAUUCAUCCCUGCAAGCGGGAGAGGCCACUGCACGGACAGGUUUGCGAUCCUCGCAUUCGGUGAUCCUGAAGCGUGCCAACAUUUCGGCAUCCGAGAAAAUGCAGCACAUCAAGGCCGCCAUGAAGGGCAAGAACGAUGCCUUCAGCCGCGUGGUCCACAAGACAGCGUAUUACGGUAACAUCCACAUUGGCAAGCCGGCGCAGACCAUAACUGUCGUGUUCGACACAGGCAGUGGGAACCUGAUGGUCCCAUCCACACUAUGCACGGACGGCGCCUGCGAGAGGCACAAGCGUUUCGACCCGUCCUUGUCCAAGACCGUGGUGAACAUGCAGUCGAACGGACAGCCGGCUGGCGCCUUCGAUUCGCGGGACCAGCUAACCGUCACAUUCGGCACGGGGGAGAUCACGGGCGUCUUCUUGAAAGAUGAUGUUUGCAUCGGCAAUCUCUGCGCGAACAUGGAGUUCAUCGGUGCUUCCCACGAAACCGAGGAGCCCUUUGGGUCCUUCAACUUCGAUGGUGUCCUCGGCCUGGCUCUGUCUGGAAUGACCCAGGGCCCCAACUUCAGCCUCAUGAACCGCAUGGAAGCGGCGGGCAACCUGAAGCAUGCCUUGUUCUCCGUGUUCUUGUCGGAUUCGGAUGACGAGGACUCGGAGAUCACGUUCGGCGACAUCAAGCAGGAGCGCAUGGUUGGCCAGAUGUUUUGGGUGCCGGUCUCCAGGCACACCGGCUACUGGCAGGUGCAGAUGGAGGACAUCGCUUUCAACAACGAAAGGCAGAGUCUGUGCUCAGACUGCCAGGUGGCAGUGGACACCGGCACCUCGAUGUUGGCAGGCUCGAACUACGACGACUUGCCAGAUCUCGGCUUCAUCGUGUCUGGGCAUGUCAUGAACCUGAAGCCCGCCGAGUACGUGGACAAUAGUGGCGGGUACUGCUCCCUCUCCCUGAUGAGUUUGGAUGUCCCGCCCCCGAAUGGGCCACUCUUCAUCUUUGGCGACCCCUUCCUCCGAAACGCGGCCCCCAUGGAGUUCGGCUACUGGAAGAUUCGGGGCCUGGGCGCCGUCUUCCGAAUGCUCUUCGAGUACAAGGAGGCCAAGUACGAGGACAAGCAGUACGAAACGGGUGAA